AUGGCAGACCUAAAGGAGUUCGACAAGCUCCUUUCGGUUACUGUUACAGCACCUCGAUUAUCUGGUUCGAAAGUACAAAAACUUGCCUCCCUGUCAUCUGAAUUGGUGGCAGAAGACCAUCAUAUCGUGACGACAUUCUUCAAGCUCAAUGCCUCUCUUCCACCUGCGAGUCAAUCAAGAAUAUCCAGUUUAUACGUUUUCGAUGCAAUGGCCCGCGGUGCGAGGAGUGAGGUCAACAAAGGUAUAGGUGCUCAGGUGAGGAAAGAGAGGGGAAAGGGAACUCAAGCUGGCUUACUGUUGAAACUUGAGGGGGUAGUGGACAGCUGGAUUGAAGGAAUGUUGGAAGAUGGUAAAGGAGGUGUAUGGACUGAAGGAAAGGAGAAAACGAAAAAGAUAGUUGAUAUUUGGUCGAAAGCUUCUACUUUCCCGAAACAUUGUCUCGAUAGAUUGUCAUCCAAGAUUGUCAAUGCUGCUCCUCAGGCUGGACCGUCUACGACACCUGUCCCACUGGACAAUAUAGGCAGAUCAGAGUCUGACAGAAGUGUGACUAAAGGCCAAGGUUCGACGACUCCACCUUACCCUCCCGCUCCUCCGAGUACAGGAGUCGCCAGUACGAUUCAACCAGGUGGUCUUCCACCCGAACUAGCCAAAUUACUUGGUAUCGCCCAACCUGCAAACUCAACCCCAAACACCAAUUCACCCAUACAUGGCAAUCCGACGUCCAAUACUGGCAGUACACCUGGACCCGUGAUACCUAAUUUGGAUUUAGCGGCUAUUUUAGCUAGCGUCAAUAAAGCUCAACCAAUGUCUCAACAGAUACUAUCGCCUAAUCAAUCACAGCCAUCAUUCCAACAACCGCAACCCCAACCACAGCAGCAGCAGCAACCUAUAAAUAUACCAAAUUUGGCAAACUUAGCUUCUUUGUUACCGCCAAAUAUCUUCUCUCCAUCUAAUCAACCUCAACCUCAACCUCAACCUCAAGCUCAGCUUCACAACCAAUCACCCGCUUCUAUCCAUAACUUUGGUCAAGCUGGACCUUCGAAUAACAUAUUGAAUUCAGCUCAAAAUGCAGCUUUGGCAAAAUUCGCUUCUCUCGCUCAGGCUGGUGCUCCACCAUUACCCCUGACAACACCGCCUCCAUCUGGUUUACCCAUGAGAUCCCCUCAAAACGGAUACACGAACUUUCCUAUGGCUGAAAACCCCCAUACACCAAGGAACGAUUUUGGUUUACCUAGAAGAUCACCUCAAAAGGGAUUCACGAAUUUACCCACUGCCGUUCCAGAGGGGAUGAGGGCUGAGCCAAUGCGUGGACCACCACCUAGAGAGAGAAGUCACGUGAGGAGGGAAUCUCAAGAUUCGAAUUGGGAUAGAAGGGGGAGUCAUGAUAAUGAUAUAAGAGGAAGAGGUGGAAUGAGUGGAAGAGGAAGUGGUAGACCCAGAUCCAGGUCACCUGAUAGAGAUAGGGAUCAAAGAUUCGAUAGACCAACUGAUAAUGGUUGGGGUGGAAGAAGGAAUGAUUCCAACUCUAGUUCUAACCCGAAUAGAGGCAGAGGAGGUUUCACAGGCUCGAAUUUCAACGAUCAUAAUAAAUUCCAGCCAAAUCAUACCAAUCAUACCCAAAAUUACAAUCAAAAUCAAAAUCAAAAGCAAGACCAAAAUCAACAAUUCCAUCGGAAUGACAACUUCAGUACAGGUUUACCUUCAAAUGUCAAUCUACCACCUAAUCCAUCUUUACCACCUCAUAUGGGAUUACCGACAAAUCGCAGUCUAACAAAUAAUGGUGGUCUUCCACCUCGUCCUACCAUACAACCUUCUUCGCAUGGACCGAGCGGACGCGCACCUCCUCCCGCAUGGAUGGAAGAGCGGUCGGUCCCUGCUUCCGAUUUGAUACAAGCCAGUAACGGAAAGCAAGAGAUUGAAGCCGGAGAAGAAGAUAUGGCACUUGACGAAUCUGAUGACGAGCAAAGACCUGACUUUAUCAAGCCGACAAUUCAACAUCACCCGUCAACGGGGGAUUUGAGGAACGAUCAUACGCAAAACUAUCAUUCUCAACAACAACAACAACAACAACAACAAGAACCACAGCAGCAGCAGCAGCAGCAGCAUCAGCAGCAAGGUCGAGCACUUGCUUCGGGUCAAGGGCUGACACUCGACUCAUUCCCAAUAACAACUUUCGACCCUUCAUCGCCUGAUUCUUGGGUUCAGUUGGCUGAAGCAUGGAAAAAUAGUAUGGGUAGAGAUCCCAAUCAAAUGGAGUUAAUGGCAUUUCUCGCUGGAGGUAUGAUGGGUGGAAACGGUAAGGAAGAGAAUGGAAUGAGUGCCGGUCAGAUGGGUGGAUAUUAG